CCCCUCAACUUCCAUUCUCAAAAAAAAAAAAAAAAAAAAAAGUCUCCAGUGUUAUGCUGAAUUCAUGGUGUAACUUCUGCAACUUUGACUGGCCCAGAGAUGAUCAAUACGUAACAGCGGAAGACUGAGGGCCUGUAACGGUGUAGUAGACAUGUCUCCCAAAGUGCCCGGUGGCCAAGGAAGAGGGGACUAUUCUGCAGUGCAAGUCGCUGUUCGAGUGCGUCCCCUGCUGCCUAAAGAGCUUCUCCACUGCCAUGAGAGUUGCAUCACAGUGGAUGCUGAACUGCAUCGGGUUACUCUGGGUCACGACCGUCACUUUCUUUGUGACUUCCUGUUUGAAGAAUCAUGCUGUCAGGAGGAGGUUUAUUCUGUGUCUGUCCAGCCGCUCAUAGAUGCCUUCUUCCAAGGUUUCAACGCUACAGUCUUUGCCUAUGGACAGACAGGCUCGGGCAAGACUUACACCAUUGGAGAAGCUAAUAUUUGUUCCUUCAGAGAUGAGGAGCAGGGUAUCAUACCCAGGGCUGUUGCAGAUGUCUUUAAGCUGCUGGAUGAAAAUGACCUCACAGACUUCUCUGUCCGAGUCUCCUAUCUGGAGGUCUACAAAGAGGAGUUCAAAGACUUACUGGAGGUGGAGACUGCCAGCAAGGACAUUCACAUCCGAGAGGAUAAAGGCAACAUUGUUUUGUGCGGCGUAAAGGAGUGUGAAGUGGAAGGUCUCGAUGAAGUGUUGAGUCUACUGGAGUCAGGAAACACGGCCAGGCACACUGGUGCAACUCAGAUGAAUCCAAACUCCAGCCGGUCACACACCAUUUUUACCGUGUACAUGGAUCAGCGCCGGGGAAGCUCUCGCCUUUACGGGACUGCUACGAGUUCUGGACCACAAAUGUUGUCUUCCAAGUUCCACUUUGUUGACCUGGCAGGGUCAGAGCGCAUCUUAAAGACGGGGAACACUGGAGAGAGACUGAAGGAGAGUAUCCAAAUUAACAGCGGCCUUCUGGCUCUGGGAAAUGUUAUCGGGGCACUUGGGGACCCGAAGAGGAAAGGCUCUCACAUACCAUACAGAGAUUCUAAAAUCACAAGGAUACUAAAAGACUCUUUGGGAGGAAAUUCAAAAACUCUGAUGAUUGCAUGCAUCAGCCCAUCUUCCUCAGACUUUGAUGAGAGUCUGAAUACACUAAACUACGCCACGAGGGCCAGAAACAUUCAGAACCGGGCCACAGUCAACUGUAAACGCGAGCCGGAUCGCGUGGAGGGCCUGGAGCAGCAAAUCAAGGCCCUUCGCAGAGCCCUCGAAAACCGCCAGCGCUCAGAGACCCGCAUCAUUGCUCACGCUGAUCCAAACAGGAGGCCUCGACUCGGAGAGGGAGAAAUCAGCAGAAUACAAGCCCAGAGCGCUCACUAUAGGACCUGCACAGACACUGCUUACAGGUUGCUGCGGGAGCUGCAAAGUGAAGGUGCUCUCACUGCGGAGCAGAGUCUGAGAGUGAAGGAGUGGCUCUGCUCGGUGGAGGAGGAACGAAGCGGCCUGACCACUGCCUCUGGGCCGGACAGCGGCAUCGAGAACAGUUCCACCGAGGACAGUGUUGGACUGCGGAGGGGGAGGCCUUCUGUAAGGAACCAGGACACAGACGCAAUGGAGGAGAGGUGGAGCCAUGAGCAGGAGUGUGAGAAAGACGACAGUAUAGCGCAUCUUCAGUCACAGAUCCAGCGGUUGGAGCAGGAGAACACAGACUUUCUUGCAGCUCUGGAGGACGCUAUGGAGCAAUACAAGCAGCAAAGUGAUAAGCUGCAGGAGCAACAGGACCUGAUAGCAGAGCUGCAGUGUCAACUUUCUACUCCUGGUCUCAUGGGCCUAGGCCUGAACUUAAAACUGCGGCCACACACAGCCCCUAUGGGCUCCAUGCAACACAGUCAGAAUGGAGGCGUAUUCAGACAGCUCAGUCCAGUGGCUCACCUUGGUAAUGGGCCAUGUGUUGAUCUGGAUGGGCAAUUUUAUGAGGAGCUUGAAACCUUGGGAGGAGCAGAAAUUCAUCACAGGGAAAAAGAGGGCUGUCAUUACAUCCCUAGCCAGGAGAGGUUCAAGCAGGUGAACUUGACCUGGACCAAGAGAGAUAUGUUGUCAGGAGGACUAGCAGCUGGUGGCAGAGGGCCAGUAUCUCAGCAGCCUGAACCAGACCAACACCCCUGUUUAGCCAGAAAAGCAUCCAACUCCAGUACUGGGGAAAGUCUGAAAAGUAUUGAAGCCGUUUCUGAGUGGGGUCUUCAUCAGGCACAGCAGAAGAUCAGGGAGCUGUCUGUCACUAUCCGCAUGAAAGAAGAACUCAUCAAGGAGCUGGUCAAAACUGGUAAGGAUGCUCAAGCCUUAAACAAGCAGUACAGCCAUAAGAUCACAGCUCUGGAGAGCGAAGCUGUGCAGGCUCGACUGGAGCUGCAGGAGGCCCAACGACAGCUGCAGGAUCUGGAGAGGCAAGAGAGAGAAAUCAGUGCCAUGGACAAGACCAGAGCACAGGAAUGUCGCAGGAAGAUAGCUGCUGCUCAGAGCAAAGUCCAGGUACUAAGUCAGCGUCAACGGGAUACUGCUCGUCUGGCCAACCUUCCUGUUCAGAGUGAACGUCGUGUGUUAGAGCUGGAGCGAAGUGUUCAGUCUAUGAGACAACAGCAGGAGCAGCUGCAAAAGCGUCUGCGUCAGGAAAGUCAACAGAAACGACGUCUGGAGACCGAAAUGCAACGAAGAACCCACAGAGUCAAGGAACUGGAGAUAAAGAAUGAGCAGCAGCAGAAGAUCUUGAAGAUAAAGACAGAGGAGAUUGCUGCCUUCCAGAGGCAGAGACGCAGUGGUAGUAACGGCUCUGUCAUCUCAUUAGAGGAACAACAGAAGAUUGAGGAGCAAAAGCGCUGGCUGGAUGAGGAAAUGGAGCGGGUGCUAGACCAAAGGAAAGGACUGGAAGAUUUGGAGGGAGAGCUAACUAAACGAGAACAAAUCUUGGCCAAGAAAGAAGCCUUGCUACAGGAACGCAGUGGACUAGAGACAAAGAAGCUCCGCUCCAGUCAGGCAUUAAGUAAAGAUCUGGUGACUCUAACUGGACGUAUUGAGACCCUAGAGCGACAGCUGAAUGAGAGGAAUGGUCUUCUUCGCAGCAGCAGUGCUCAAGACUCCCAACAGAUCCGUCAAGAGAUCUCCAACCUGCGUCAAGAGAAAGAUUCGCUGCUCAAACAGCGCGUUGAGCUGGAUGAUAAGCUGAGGCAGGGUAACCUGCUCUCACCUGAGGAGGAGCGAACCCUUUUCCAGUUCGACGAGGCAAUUGAGGCUCUGGAUGCAGCUAUUGAGUACAAGAACGAAGCCAUUACUCAAAGACAGCGACAGCUCAGGGCUUCUGCCAGUAUGCUCUCCCAGUGGGAGAUGAACCUCAUGGCCAAGCUGAGUUACUUGUCUGCAUCUGAGACCAGAGCUCUGCUGUGCAAAUACUUUGACAAGGUUGUGUCUUUGCGCGAGGAGGAGCGUAAGCUGCAGCUCGCUCUGGCUGAGCUGGAAAUGCAACUAGACGAGCAGCAGAGGCUGGUUCAGUGGCUGGAAAAUGCCCUCGAUCGCACGCAACUGGACACAGAUCGACGCCUCACACAGCAGCAGAAGGAGCACGAGAGGAGUGUGCAGCUCUUACUGCAGCAGUGUCGAGAACAAAUGGAUGAGGGUCUGGCAGGAAGGCAGCGGCAGUAUGAGGGAUGGAUCCAUAACCUCAGCAAGGAGCUGAACCACUACAAGGCUGCUAAUCUGGAACUAAGCAACAAGCUAAGGGAGCUCUGUGCUUCAUCCAGUCAGCAAAAAGAGCAUCCUAAAGUCAUACCAUGUGAUGGUAAACCUUCAAACGUUGGCAGCAUGGAAAAGCUGACGCGCUGUCAUGACGACAACACAGGAAGCAGAGGGGCGGGUCAGUUCGAUCGACCCUCUAGGUCCAGGGAAGAAAUGCGGGAACUGGUGAACACCCCUCUCCCAUCCACGUGGAGACGCUCCUCUCUCCCCACCGAGGAACCUGCUGUCAUGGAGGAGCUUCAGGGGGCCGGGGACGCUUCUUUUAACCGUGUAGUUCAAACUGGUAUGGGGUCCUGGGGCGGGCAAACAUCCCUGCCUGCGGUUAAAUCUCGCCGGGAAUCCCGCCGCUCCAGCCUCAACGUCGGACCACUGACCUCAAACAAUGCAUUAAUCGAUGUACGGAGAAAUCCUGUCUGAGAGUAAAUGUGUUGGGUAACUCUUGACCUUUCACAUAGAUUUAUGUUCUGUGGUUUCUGAAAGAUUUUUUUAGUAUUUGUAUUUCAAUUUUUUACCUGUUUUUUUUUUCUUGUUUCUUUUAAAUGCAUAUCCACUGAUUUUAUACAAAGCACUUUUCACAAAGGUCAAAUGUUGUUUUUAAGUUGAUAGGUACAAAUCAUUGCAUCAUUCUAAUCAUGUAGCCUUAUGGCCUUCAUUGAUAUUUUCUAUUAAAAUGUUUUUGCCUUGUAAA